AUGGCUCCCAGUCUCUCGAGAGCAAAACCAAGCGGUCCACUAUUACCAAAUCUACAUAUAGCAUCCAUAAUGGACUGGGUAGAGAUUUAUGAUCAUUCUCAUACCAAGGACAGAGGAUCUGCGCACGAAAUAUCAUUCCCCAAUCGCAAGGCAUCCACUCCUGGGUCUACUCUCGCACCAGCUCCCAACGACGUAGACUCCAUAUUCCAUGACAUUCCCAGCGAAACUUCCACCUCCACGGUCUCUACCUCCUCAAGCUCAAGCCCAUCCUCCGCCACUACAACCCGCAACCACAAUCUCAGCCACGACAACACGAAUGCCAGCGCCCUUCCAAAACAUAUCAUCGACCUCUGCGACGACAAAUCCUUCUAUGAGGCACUUUUCAACUGCCGCGAUGAUGGUAGCAAUGAAGAUUGCAGAGGAAUUGAUCAGCCUAAGAAUAGCGAAGAGAAGGGGAAACAAAAUAAAAAAGGAUCACAUCCCUAUUCUGCGACCGCCAUCAAUUGCGAAUAUUUGGCUGCUGAGAAUACGUUUGGAGGAGAGAUGAGGGAAUGGAUCACGCAUGUGGGCGGAGGGCGGUAUUUGGAACCGGUCUGUUUUUAA